AUGGAAGUGGCCAACCAGUCUGCUGUGGCAGAGUUUGUCUUGCUGGGGCUGUCCGAUCAGCCAACGCUUGAGAAAACCUUCUUUGUGCUCAUCUUGUUGACGUACCUGGUGAUCCUACUGGGUAAUGGAGUCCUCAUCCUGGUGACUGUGUUCGACUCGCACCUGCACACACCCAUGUACUUCUUCCUGGGGAACCUCUCCUUCCUGGACAUCUGCUACACGACUUCUUCUAUCCCUCUAGUCCUUGAUGGCUUUCUGACUCCCAGAAAAACCAUUUCUUUCACAGGCUGUGUGGUGCAGAUGUUUCUCUCCUUUGCCAUGGGAGCCACAGAGUGCGUGCUCUUGGGCAUGAUGGCGUUUGAUCGCUACGUGGCCAUCUGCAACCCCCUGAGGUACCCUGUGAUCAUGAGCAAGGCAGCCUAUGUGCCCAUGGCUGCUGGCUCCUGGUUGGCUGGUGGGACCAACUCCUUGGUACAGAUUUCUCUUGCAGUACAACUGCCCUUCUGUGGGGACAAUGUCAUCAACCACUUCACCUGUGAGAUCCUGGCCGUUCUCAAGUUGGCCUGUGCUGACAUCUCUGUGAAUGUGAUCAGCAUGGGGGUGGCCAAUGUGAUCUUCCUGGGGGCUCCAGUUCUUUUCAUCUUUGUCUCCUACGUGUUCAUCCUCACCACCAUCCUGAGGAUCCCCUCAGCUGAGGGGAGGCGAAAGGCCUUCUCCACCUGCUCUGCCCACCUCACGGUGGUGGUCAUUUUCUACGGGACUAUUCUUUUCAUGUAUGCCAAGCCCAAAUCCAAGGACCCCCUGGGAGCAGACAAGCAGGAUGUUUCAGACAAGCUCAUCUCCCUUUUCUACGGGGUGCUGACUCCCAUGCUCAACCCCAUCAUCUACAGCCUCAGAAACAAAGAUGUCAAAGUGGCUGUGAAGAACCUCAUCAGUCAGAAAUGCUUCGUUCCGUGA